AUGAAUGCUAAUUUCCUUCCGGAUACAGGAACACGCAUCACGUCCUUCUCCCAGGCUGACCUGACCUCCCGCAGUGUCCAGUAUGUUCACACCAGCGAAGAAGAGAAGCAUGCGGACCAGUUCUCCUUCAUCGUGUCUGACGGCGCUAACGAGGUUGCCCAGACGUUCUACAUCACCAUCCGGCCGGUGGAUGACUCCCUCCCCCUGCUGGUGGUUCCUGGGAUGAGGGUUCAGGAGGGGGUCAGGAAGACCAUCACUGAGUUUGAACUGAAGGCCACCGACGCUGACACAGAGGUAGGCUGGCAGACU